CAGUUGUCAAUUUCUUACAGUUAUUUUUGGAAAAUAUUCAUAAAAUAAUUAAGAUCCAACACCCACACGACUUGAACUUGUAAUAAGAAUUAGGAUUUUAUUAUAAUAAAUCCACCGAUAUUUUUGCGUUUUACACUAAAAAGCAAAAAUCCCAUCCUCUUAUAAAAUUUUACAGUAAUGUUUAUGAAAUUCUGAUUCUGUUCCAAUUUUUGUAGACAAUAAUUUUUACAAUGUCUUUGGUUAGUGAUUUGAAGAUAGCCGUAAUAUGCUCCAGCAAUAUGAAUCGAAGUAUGGAAGCUCAUGCCUUUUUAGCUAAAAAAGGAUUCGAUGUGAAAUCCUACGGGACUGGGGAUAAAGUUAAAAUUCCAGGGUCUUCCUUUGAUAAACCAAAUAUCUACGAUUUUGGUACAUCAUAUGAAGAUAUUUACACGGAUUUACUACAAAAAGAUAAAUCUUUAUAUACACAAAACGGGUUACUUCACACUCUCGAGAGGAAUAAAAGAAUAAAAACACACCCUGAAAAGUUUCAAGAGACUAAUGUAAAAUUUGAUAUAUUAAUUACUUGCGAAGAGCGAGUCUACGAUGCAGUUCUAGAAUUUAUGGAAAAUAAGCCACCUUUGGAUAAUUCUAUAGUGCAUGUGAUAAAUAUUGAUAUUCAAGAUAACCUAGAAGAAGCAACUAUAGGGGCAUUUUUAAUUAGUGAUUUGUGUAUUAUGAUGGCUAAAGCGGACGAUCUUGACAACGAAAUAGAAGAAAUUUUACACAACUUUGAGGAGAAAAACCAGAGAUCAAUUUUACACAGCAUAGUAUUCAACUGAUUAAACGUGCUUUAAAUUUAUACAUGUUAUGAUAUUACCCAUACUAUUCGCAAAUGUAUUAACUUGUAUGAAACAAUUAUACUAUCCUAAAGCG